AUGAACAUGUUCGGCUCAAAUUACAGUCAGCAACUGACCGGCACCUCUCAUGACGAACGAGCAACAGUUAUGGAUAUCGAUGCUUUUCUGCAAGUUUCUACACCUCCGAACAUCAUAUCCAUUGUUCCCAGCUCCAGCACAACUGCAGAUCAACAGUGCUCAUUUCAAGGAAUAUCAGUUGUAAAGUUGGAUCCAGGAGCAGUUUCAGAGGAAGAAAUCAACUGUGUAGAUGAAAAUUCGAAUCCGAACAGCGCUGAGAAAAGAACACAUGAAGAAGUUACACUCUUGAAAGGUUCCAAGAAGCACGCUGCAAGUGAAAUGAAAUUCAAUUCUUUUAAAAUAAAUUGGAAGAAGAUAAGUGACGGUACUCUCGAUCGUUUGCAAAAAAUGCAAAACUUUCGCAACAUGAAUUCAACCCUACCAGUGCCUAGAUCUUUGCAAAUUUCGAAAACCGAUUUAAGUGGUCUGGCUAACUCUGUUGUUGACCAGUUAAGAUGUAUUGAUAACAUCAUUCGAGCGGACGUGAUGGAAAAAGCUGCACGAGAAAUCUUCAACAUGUUUCCGUGUCUGAACUUCGUUGAUGACGACGGAUUUGGAAAAGAAACGGAUUAUGUAUGGUUGAAACACAAGAUGAUAAACCACAAUACUUAUCUCAACCGUUACAAAGAACCAAACCAACCAAAAGCUUCUUCAUCGGAUAUCAGACGAUACCGGAACUUGCGAGCUGGGACAAUCAAGGAGUACUGGCAAAAGUCUUCUCAAGAUUGCCCCAAGAAUGUCCUCUCGGCACUGUCCAGAAAUGAACCGGAACUCCUAACAAGAGAUUUUUUACAAACUUCUCAGUCGUAUGUUAGAUACUGUUUGGAUGAGAAUAUACCACUGAAAGAUGUGUUGGCGAAACAUUCAGUAUUAAGGCGUCGAAGUCUAUUAAAUUACCACUUUGAAUGCGCCACGGGCGUGAAAGCGGAAUCAUUGGAACAAUAUUUCUCAGCCAAGCGGUCGAAAAUUAUCGAUUUCUCGAAGAGUAAUCGCAAAUUUCUUCUCCUAGAUGCCCAUUCUUCGGAUUACGACAUUUUCAAAUUUUUGUGCCGUUCCUUGGGAGAAAAUAUUGAUGACGUCAUUAUUCUGAAAGAGAUGGGAACUAAAAUUGAUAGCAUUACAACCGAUUGUUCAGGUCCAGUUCUCGUAGCAAUAGAUUGUGGAAAUAACAGACAGAUGUAUUAUGUGUUUGCUGAACAAAUACGUUUGAGUGAGGGUACCGAAAGCGUGGUGCAGUCCAUUACGGAUUUGAUGUGUGUUCAUUACGUGCAUAAUUUUAUGUACAUGAAGCAAGCAUCUAAGUUCAUGGAGUUCAUUCAGGAAUACUUAUUCAAAAUACUCCCGACAACCGGAUCUAAAUCGAAUGCUACACGCAAAGGACAGCAGCAACGUGUGGUCAAACGAUUCAUCGAGGCACUUUCUAAUCACAUUCCUAACUCCUAAAUGCCAUGAAUAUACAACCAGCAGCCCAAUCAUCGAAAUUCUGAUACUGCAAUGAUAGAUGCCAACUACUUUUGAAUUUAUAUUUCUAUGUACUUUGAUCGAUAUGU